UUCCUUUCUUAGCCUGAGGAUGUAACUGCACGUGGCUCGUGCUUUGCUUAAAAAAAAAAAAAAAAAAACACCACCGCGGACGAAACAGCUGAGGAAACAACCCAUGAAAUAUUGUUUGCCUUAUCCUCGCCUUGGCUUUUGUUCUUUAAGUAGAAUGCCCCCUAAAGGGCGGAAGAGGAAGGCAGCUGCCCCUGCAGUAAAAGCUGCAGAGUCCAGUGAGUUGGAAGAAAAGGGGAUUGACCAGUCAACCAAGAAACUGAAGGAGGGAUCAAGCCAUUAUGUGGUCAUUGAACACUGUAAAAGCUGACGGGUGUAUGGGCGCCAUGCUGAUGCUGUGGGCCAGGCCCUGCGCCAGGCCUUUCCUGAUCUCACAGUGGAAAUCAAUCCUGAAAAGCCCCGCAGAAAUAGCUUUGAGGUGGUCCUGUUGAAAAAGGAUGGCACCAAAGAAGAGUUAUGGAGCGGCCUUAAGAAGGGACCACCACGUAAGCUGAAGUUCCCAGAACCGAACGAUGUGGUUGAAAGUCUGAAGGGAAGCUUUGAAUAAAGUGAACUGAGCAGGAUGGCCAAAGGACAUCUACUGAAUUGUUCAUCCCUUGUGAACUGGAGCAUUUAUGAUGGGAUAUGACCAAGUGGGGUAAACUGCAAAAACCUCAGUCAUUUCUUUGAAAUGGUUGCUCUUCCUUCACAAGCAAAAUCUGCCAGAAAGAGCUGCCUCUUCCCACUUCCAUGGCUUUUUGCUUUGUUUAUCUGAAAUACUUGAGAAACUUUCAAUAAAGUUCAACAUGGUAAUAAUAA